UAGUCUGUGACAAUAUCCGGUAUGAGGUUCUUGAGGCAUGCAUGAAGGCCGAAAACAAAUACGCAGACAAACACAAACGAUUUUGUCAUCAUAAGGAGUGCACGCGUCGCACAAAUAGUGUAAGGAAUAAAAAUCGUAAUUAUUUUAUUUCAAAUUAAAUAAAGGAAAGUUAAGAAAACUACGAGAACAAAGGUUCUGCGGGUGCGAAGAUGAAGUGUUUGGUGUUCCUGCUAUGUGCGGUGGCGGCCAGCGCCAGCGCCGUCUCGUUCUUCGACCUCGUCAAGGAGGAAUGGGUCGCGUUCAAGAUGCAACACGACAAGAAGUACGAUAGCGAGGUGGAGGACCGGUUCCGCAUGAAGAUCUACGCGGAGAACAAGCACAAGAUCGCGAAGCACAACCAGCUGUACGAGCAGGGACUCGUCUCGUACAAGCUCGGCCCGAACAAGUACACCGACAUGCUGCACCACGAGUUCAUACAGGCCAUGAACGGGUACAACAGGACCGCGAAACACAACAAGGGUCUUUACGGCAAGAAGCACGACGUCCGCGGCGCCACGUUCAUCCCGCCGGCGCACGUGAAGUACCCCGACCACGUCGACUGGACCAAGAAGGGCGCCGUCACCGAGGUCAAGGACCAGGGCAAGUGCGGCUCCUGCUGGGCCUUCAGCACCACGGGCGCUCUGGAAGGCCAGCACUUCCGCAAGUCCGGAUACCUGGUGUCGCUGUCGGAGCAGAACCUGAUCGACUGCUCGUCGACGUACGGCAACAACGGCUGCAACGGCGGCCUCAUGGACAACGCCUUCAAGUACAUCAAGGACAACGGCGGCAUCGACACGGAGAAGACCUACCCGUACGAGGGUGUCGACGACAAGUGCAGGUACAACCCGAAGAACUCUGGCGCUGAAGACGUGGGCUUCGUGGACAUCCCCUCAGGUGACGAGGAGAAGCUGAUGCAGGCGGUGGCCACCGUGGGCCCCGUGUCCGUCGCCAUCGACGCCUCGCAGAACAGCUUCCAGUUCUACUCGGGCGGCGUCUACUACGACACGGAGUGCUCCUCCACUGACCUCGACCACGGCGUGCUGGUGGUGGGGUACGGCACGGACGAGGCCGGCGGCGACUACUGGCUCGUGAAGAACUCGUGGAGCCGCACGUGGGGCGAGCUCGGAUACAUCAAGAUGGCGCGCAACCGCGACAACCACUGCGGCAUCGCCACCGACGCCUCCUACCCGCUCGUCUAACCUGCUACACCCGCAACACGCGCAACACGCCGCAACAUGCCGCAACAUGCCGCAACACCCGCGGCACCAUUACACUCGCUUCACGAUCGGACCGCACAUCUCAAUUUAAACAACGGAGCCCGAAAUCGCAUUUUAUUCCCUCACGCACACGCGUGACAGGAACAACAAAUGUUUUGGGUCUCGAUUUUCGAACUGGUUGUACGAAAAUAUUCAAUAUCUAAGUUCUAAGGAAAUAAUUGAUGUGUUGACGUGGUUUCAGUAUUAGAUACUCACGCGCACCGAGUACGACUCGUACACACGAUGUGCGGCGGCGAGUGUCGCCUGUAGCUUCCAAUGUUUAUAAGCCAGUUCAGUGCCUCUGGUAUUUAUGUACAGAAUCCAUGACGUUUGUGCACCAUUGUAAUUGUUUUGUAAUCAUUCCAUCAGUGGACGCGUUCCAUGUAAUAUAAGUUAGUGUAAGCGAAGUGCAUUAAGGACAGAAUCAGAUGUGGUUGGCGCAAGCGCGACAAUCAUUAUUGUGAUAUUAUUGUAAUUAGUUUCAAGUAUCGUUCUCAUUUAUAAUAAAUAUAUUUUAUAAAA